AUGUCUCUCUUUCUCUUUGCUAUUGGUAUGGAAUACCUCUCCAGAUGCCUUGAUGAGCUUAGGUUAACUCCUAAUUUUAACUUUCAUCCUAGAUGUGAAAAGUUAAACCUAACUCACAUGAUGUUUGCUGAUGAUCUAUUGAUGUUUUCUAGAGCUGAUAGUGUUUCUAUUAAGCUUCUCUUCCAAGCCUUCUUGAAAUUCUCGGGUGCUUCUUGGCUUUUUGCUAAUCUUGAUAAAAGUGAAGUCUACUUUGGAGGAGUUUCUGUUGAUGUUCAGACAGAGCUGAGAGAGCUUCUUGGUGUUUCUCAAGGUACUAUUCCUUUUAGGUAUCUUGGGGUCCCUCUCUCUUCCAAGAAGCUUACUAUUGCUCAGUGUAGGCCUUUGGUGGAGAAGAACUUGCUCUCUCUUCCUGAGUGGAAUAAAGCAGCUGUCACCAAGUUACUUUGGGAUAUUGCUCACAAGGCUAAUAAUCUUUGGGUUAAGUGGGUCCAUAUCUAUUAUUUCAAGCAUAAAGAUUGUUGGACCACUCCUACCCCUGCUAAAUGCUCUUGGUUCUUGAAGAAGAUUCUGAGUUGUAGAGAUGUUGUGAAUGAUCAAGGGGGAUGGGAUGGUUUCAUACAGGGCAACAAGAUGAAAAUCAAGAAGCUUUAUGCCGCUAUCCGGCCUCAAGUCCCUAAGGUUCCUUGGAAGAGAGUCAUUUGUCAUAACUUAGAAACUCCUAAAAGUGUUUUUAUCUUGUGGCUAGCUUUGUGGAAUAGGCUUGUCACUAAGGAUAGGUUGCUUCAAUGGAACAUUUCUUGUGAUCCAAGGUGCUUCUUGUGCUUGAAUAGCAAUGAAAGUGUUAAACACUUAUUCUUUGAUUGUGAGUACUCUAGACAGGUUUUGAACAAGGUGUUGGGUAUCUUACAUGUUUCCAAGCCUGUUCAGCAUUUUAGUGAUGAGAUUGAAUGGUUGAAGAAAAUCUGCAGAAGUUCCAGAUUGAAAAACAAAGUGGUCCAUGUAGCCUUCAUUGAAACAGUAUAUGGUAUUUGGCUUCAGAGGAAUGCAGUUUUGUUUACUGGUUGUUACAAACCUGUUGAUGUUCUAGUUAGGGAUAUUGUCUUUCAUUCAGCCUAUAAAAUCCCAGCGGCAAGCAAAUACUUGAUUGCUUAA